UUAACGUCCAUGGCAUAAAGCUUCUUCAGCAAUCUUUUUCGUUUACUCAAUACAAACAUUUCUCAACAUCUCUUCGUUUCUUCCCUCCUUCACGUCCCAAACCAUGGCUCGAAACAAGGAAUCACUGGUUUUAUUGCUUGAUGUUGGUCCAAAGAUGCAUGGUGUUCUUCCACAAGUUAAGAAAGUCUGUGCCAUGCUUUUGGAGAAGAAGGUCACUUGUUCACUACUUCCUGCUUUUGUCUCUCGCUCUUUUUCAAUUUGGAGGAUAUACCUUUAUAUGUAUGCUAAGGCGUACAUGUCCAAUAUAUCAUUCUGUUUCUUUUUCCCUCUUUAUGAUGCUCAUUUAUAACAAAUUCGAUGAAGUAGGGAUUGUCUUAUUUGGAACUGCAGAAACAAACAAUGAGCUCACUGCAGAAGUUGGUGGAUAUGAGAAUAUUGUGGUUCUGAGAGGUAUAAAGGUUGUAGAUGGGGACCUGGUUGAUGCUCUGGAAGAACUUCCACAAGGGACGGUUCGCGGUGAUUUUCUUGAUGCAAUUGUUGUUGGAAUGGAUAUGGUAAUAAAGAAGUAUGGGCCAACUAACAAGGGAAAGAAACGCCUCUGUCUAAUCACUAAUGCCCUCUCUCAUCUAAGAGAUCCAUAUGAAGGAACAAAAGAAGAUCAAGUCAGUACUAUUGCUCUGCAAAUGACUGAGCAGGCCAUAAAGUUGGAAUGUGUAGUAGUUAGAGGGGAACUAAGUGGUGAUGCUGAUAAGAAUGUUAUGGAUGAGAAUGACAAGCUAUUAAACCUUUUCACAAAGAGAACCUGGGCAAAGACUGUUUAUGUUGAAACUCCGACGUCACUGCUAGGAGCACUCAGGACACGAAGCAUAGCCCCCAUCACUAUCUUCAGGGGUGAUCUUGAAGUGAGCUCUAGAUUGAAAAUUAAGGUUUGGGUGUACAAGAAAACUUCUGAGGAAAGAUUUCCAACCCUGAAGAAGUAUUCAGAUAAAGCACCUUGUACUGAUAAAUUUGCUACCCAUGAAAUCAAGGUGGAUUAUGAGUAUAGAAGCAUUCACGAACCAGACAAAGUUGUACCUCCAGAACAAAGGAUUAAAGGUUAUCGUUAUGGACCAGAAGUGGUCCCCAUCUCAUCUGAUGCAUGGGAAGCUGUCAAGUUCAAACCAGAGAAGGGCUUGAAGCUCCUCGGAUUUUCUGAUGCUAAAAACAUACUACGCCAAUAUUACAUGAAAGAUGUCAACUUAUUCAUAGGUGAGCCUGGCAAAAGAGAAGCGGUUAUUGCAGUUUCCGCUUUGGCUAGAGCGAUGAAGGAAUUGAAUAAGGUGGCCAUAGUUCGCUGUGUUUGGAGGCAAGGACAGGCAGGUGUUGUGAUUGGGGUUUUGUCACCAAAUGUAUCUAUGAAGGACAAUAUUCCUGAUUCACUGUACUUCAAUGUACUCCCAUUUGCUGAGGAUGUUCGGGAGUUUCAAUUUCCUUCUUUCAAGAAUCUCCCAGCAACAUUUCAGCCAAAUGACGAACAACAGGAGGCUGCUGAUAAUCUAGUAAGGAUGCUUGACCUGGCACCACCUGCCAAAGAAGAGAUUUUAAAGCCCGACCUAACACCAAAUCCUGUUCUAGAGCGGUUUUACCACUUUCUAGACCUAAAAACAAAGAACCCAGAUGCAGCUAUUCCUCCACUUGAUGAAGCCUUAAAGAGGAUAACUGAACCUGAUGCAGAACUUCUUUCUAAAAACAAGUCUGUAAUUGAUGAAUUUCGAAGAUGCUUUGAAGUAAAGGAGAAUUUUAAGAGGAAGAAAUCUGCUAGGUCAUACAAGGAGAAGCCAUCUGGAUCUGAUGAUGAGAAAGAGGCUGCAGAAGAUGUUAACAUGGAGAAAACACUGAAAACCACUGAUAAUGAUUCUGCAGUUAAGAUUCAGAACAGUGAUGAUAAACCAUCCAGUGCUCUGGCAAAUAAUUCUCUUGCCAUUGUUGAGAAGAUUGGGAAUAUCUCUCCAGUCCAGGAUUUUGAAGCUAUGUUAUCUCAUAGAGAUAACCCAGAUUGGGUUAGUAAAGCAAUCAAAGGUCUGAAGAGCAAAAUUCUUGAACUUGUAGAGGAUUCGGUUGCAGGAAAUAAUUAUGACAAAGCAGUCGAGUGUCUCGUUGCCCUUCGAAAAGGCUGUGUCCUCGAACAGGAACCCACACAAUUCAACAAUUUUCUGCAGUAUCUUUACAGAUUCUGCAAAGAACAUGAGCUGAAUGAUUUCUGUGAGCUCCUUGUCUUGAAAGGGAUGACAUUAAUCACAAAAUCCGAAGCCGAAGACAGUGAUGUGGCAGAUGAAGCAGCCAGAAGUUUUUUGGUUCCGAAAGAUCCCAAGGUUGAAUGAGAACUCGUAUAAUUCAACUGGUGUAAAUAUCUGACUUGCGCACUCUGCGUGCUUUUUUGGCCCCUUGCUAUGGGGCGGAGACAGGAGGAAAAGCGUAGUGGUUGUAGUGAUACACUAAAACUAUUACUGUUACAUGUAUCAUAUCUGACUUGCGCACUCUGCGUGCUUUUUUGGCCCCUUGCUUUGAGGCGGAGACAGGAGGAAAAGCGUAGUGGUUGUAGUGAUACACUAAAACUGUUACUGUUACUGUUACAUGUAUCAUAUCUGACUUGCGCACUCUGCGUGCUUUUUUGUCCCUUUGCUUUGAGGCGGAGACAGGAGGAAAAGCGUAGUGGUUGUAGUGAUACACUAAAACUAUUACUGUUACUGUUACUGUUACUGUUACAUGUAUCAUGUAUGCUAAUUGCUGAUGUACAUUUUUCUA